CACAGAAAUUCAGUGUGCGAACGGUUUUCGGAGAGUGUAGAUCUAUUUCUUUACGAGUUCCGUCCAGUUGUAUUUAUCAAUUUACAUAUACAGAUACAUAUAUAUAUAAAUAUAAAUAUAAAUAACUUAAAAAACAUUUACGGCAAUAUUUAAAAAAAAAUAAACAAUUAGUUACUAAAGAAAAAAAGUUUAUCAGUUUAGUUUUGUUAAUGUAAAUAUUAUUUUUAAAUUUCGUUUUGUCACAGUGGCUUUAAAAAUUCAAACUGGAUUCCAACAAGCAGUUUACGUCGCGAUUACAUCGCGGCUAUCGACGACUUAAGAAAUUUUUCAAGCGUGUGGCAAACCAGACGCUCAGUGUUUCGACACAAUCGACGGUAACGGUGGAGGGCCCGGUGUCUAAAAUGUCUCCACCAACGAAUGACGUUACCAGCGGCGUAGUGGCGCCGUCUGAUAAUCUCAUGCCACGAGUUCCUCCUGCGGCAAAUCCUACGAUCAACAUCCUUCAGACGCACAAGCGUACUGCUAAUGACUUUAUCUUCGGUAAAGUUAUUGGCGAAGGAAGUUUUUCUACCGUUUACAUCGCCAAAGACAUCCAUACUAACCGAGAGUAUGCUAUCAAAGUGUGCGAGAAGCGUCAUAUCAUAAAAGAAAAAAAGACUGAGUACGUAAAACGUGAGAAGGAAGUACUGAACAUGUUGGCUGGUGCAAGACACUCGUUCGUAAGAUUGUUUUGUACCUUCCAAGACGUCGACCGACUUUACUUUGUACUGUCGUACGCCAAAAACGGUGAAUUACUUCCUUACAUCAACAAAGUCGGGUCAUUUGACAUCGAGUGUACCAAGUUCUACUCCGCCGAAAUUCUUCGCGGAUUGGAGUAUCUUCACGGUCUUGGAAUCAUUCACCGCGAUCUUAAACCCGAAAAUAUUCUUCUUGACGAAAAAAUGCACAUACUGAUCACCGACUUCGGUAGCGCUAAAAUACUCAAGGACGAUCCCGAUACCUUGACAACAACCACCGCCACCACAACAACAACAACCCAAUCCGAUGCUGGUGAUAAAAAUGAACGACCUCGCAGACGCGAAAGAAGAAAUUCAUUUGUCGGUACUGCGCAAUAUGUAUCACCGGAAAUACUCACUGACAAACCAGCAUCCAGAGCAUCUGAUCUCUGGGCUCUUGGAUGUAUUAUCUAUCAAAUGGUGUCAGGAUUGCCGCCAUUUUAUUCAAAAAGUGAAUAUCUAAUUUUCCAACAAAUUCUUAAACUCGACUACGAAAUCCCAGAUGGUUUUUGCCCAUUGGCUAAAUCACUUGUGAGCCAAUUGCUGAUUAUCGAUCAAUCGCAGAGACUUGGCGCCCAAGAUGAACACGGCGCUGGGUAUCCAAGUAUUCGCGCUCACCCAUUUUUCGAGGGCGUUGAUUUCGAGACACUCCAUGAACAAGUGCCGCCAUCUAUCUAUCCAUACUUACCUGGUACGUCUGAGCACGAAGAAAUGCGCUCCCAUUAUCGCGUACCAGAUCAUCUAGAGCCGGGCCUUGAUGACAAACAACUCACAAGAUUACUCGGUCUCGGUAUCGGUCAAGAGACACCUGAGAAACCAGUGCCUGUAAUAUCUGUCGUAAAAAAACCCAAGCAGAAGGUGUCGAGUAUCGUCGACUUAACACCCGGAGAAUUUAAAAGUCAGUUGGAAGCUCAGCGUGCGUCUAAUCAGUGGCAUCCUUUUGUUGAUGAUCAAGUUAUUCUCAAGCAAGGUUUCAUCAACAAACGCAAAGGACUUUUUGCAAGAAGACGGAUGCUGCUACUGACCACCGGACCCCAUCUAUUUUACGUCGACCCUUUCAAUAUGGUUUUGAAGGGAGAGAUCCCAUGGAGUAAAGAACUCAGAGUCGAACCUAAGAAUUUUAAAAUUUUCUUCGUUCACACGCCUGACAGAACGUAUUAUCUCGAAGACCCUGAAGGUUUUGCACUAGAAUGGUGUCGAGUUAUCGAAGAAAUGAGAGUUCACUAUUAUGGUUUGCAAGAAAAUAAAAAAUCACAUUAAUGACAAUUUGUUUAAAUGUCAUUGCAUUGAAUGUAUACGACAAUUAAUGACAGUUCGCAAUAAUGUCACUUGUAUACCCAUAUAUAUAUUUUUUUUUUCAAGUAAAAAUCGUCAGUUAUGUACAUAACUUAUUUAUUUAUGACGAUUUUAACUUAAAAUAUGUAUCCAAAGUAAUUAUUAAAAAAUUUUUAAAUAAUUAUUUAAUUAAUAGAUAAUUUUAAAAAAUUAUCCGUGAGUUAAUUAACGUUAAAAGCUUUAAUACAUCGCCGUAAAUGUGCGUAAGAUAUAUAAUUUUAAAUGCACACUUAUUAUACGCAUUUUUCUCUACUCAUUUUAAUUCAUUAUUAUUAUUAUUAUUAUUAUUAUUAUUAUUAUUAUUAUUAUUAUUAUUUAAUCAUUCCUUUGUAAAUAUUGUAAAUAUCGAGUUUAUAAAUCGGCUUUGUUGAAUAUUUAGUAAUUAUAAUUAUAAAGUUAAUUUAACACGACAAAAAAAAUAUAUAUAAAUAUAUAUGAAAUUCAAGUGACAUUUUAAUAGCGGACUAAUAGUAACACAAUAAUUAAAAAAAAUUAGACAAUUUAAAAUAAUUAUAACCGAGAUCUAAAAAAAAUUAAUAGAUACUCAUAAUAAUUUUUUAGUCAAUAAUUAAUUAGUUAAAUUAAAUAAUAAGUAAAUGUUAUGUCGCGAAAGUGUUUAUUGUGUCGUAUAAAAAUAUUAACAUUUUAAAUUCAUUUUCAUUUAUAAUGUAUGCCGUUACUUAAUUUUUUUUUUCUUUUUUUUUUAUUUAUAUCAGCGAUUUGCAUUACGUUAUAUAAUUUUUCAUUAUACUGUAAAAAAUUUUCGGAGUUACUACGGAGUAUCAGACUCCAAGUCGUAGUAAAAUUUACCCCGACGAGAGUUUUAUUUAUUUAAUCUCUCUGGAGUUAAAUUUACUCCGGAGUUUGAUUUAAUAUUUAAACUCCGGGUCAGAGUAAAAUUUACUCCAAAAGAAAGUUUAUUUUAAUAUAAAAACUCCGAAUCGGAGUAAAUGCGGAUUUAAAUAAAAUCCAGGUCACUCCGAAAUGACUCCGCUCAAAAAAAAAUUUUUUUUGACUCCGAAACUUUGAAUAGAGUGACGGAGUUAACUCUGAUUAAAUUAAAAUCCGUAAUCACUCCGAAUUUUUUACAGUCCAUUAUUAUUAUCAUUUAAUAUUUAUUUAAAAAAUUCAUUAUUUAUUUCUUCGUUAAAAUAUUACUAUUAUUAUUCAUACGUGUCAAUGCAACUAGUAUUAUUGUUAUAGUUAUUGUAAUUACCAUCUGACUUGAAAAAAAAAAAAAAAAAAAAAAUUAUUAUUAACAAAUAGAUACUGCAGUUGCUGUGUUUCUAUUGAACCGGCAGCAGUACUAUCACCUUUUAUGUAAAUACUGCCGUGUUCAAAAUUAAAAUGCGUAGUACUGACUCACGUGACAUACAAUCGAGUUCAAUGUCCAUUUGUUGUAUAAUAUUUAUAUGUUAAUUAAGUGCGUACAUGUACGUACGUCUUGUAAAUAAUUUAUAUCUAUAUCUAUCUUUCUCUCUCUCUAUAUAUACAUAUAUAUAUUUAUUUAUUUAUAAAUCCGUAGAUAAACGAGUGUACAAAUAAAAGUCUCAUAAAAUCUAAAUAAGUAAAAGUCAAUAGCUCGAUUGUAUCGAUAGCUAAAAUUUUUUCUCUAACGUUAGCACAGAAUAAAUCAGGGUAUUUAGAAAUAUAUGACUCAGUAAAUAUAUACCGAGUCAAGCUGCUCGAAAUAAUGAUUUAAUUAUUUUUUAAUUAAAUAAUUGUCCCCGGCGCCCAAUGGUCGGUUCAAAAAGACCGCUUUUGACAGGUCAUGUAAGGUCUGGGCGGGCUGCGCGACCUCAUGUAUAUAUUUUCUGACAAAUUAUAUUUCUAAUUUAAUUAUAAGUCAUAUUUAUAUAUAUAUAUGUGCAAUAUUAAUGUUGAGGAAAAAUUUUAUAAAUUAAUGUCGCGUUUAAUUGCCGGCUUGUGCGAAUCAAAGAGUAUUUAUAAUAAACUUUGCUCUAUCUACGUUUUAUGCAGGUACUGCAAACUUUUUAUUUAAAUACCUCGCAAUAAGCCGGUGAUUAAUUACCGGUACUACGUCAUUAGCCAAUAAAAUAAUUAAAUAAAUUUUAGACCUCGAUGUAAAAUUAAUUAUUGCCGUAGUUAAGAUAAUUUAAUGUUUAUAUAAAUAAAUAAUAAUUAUAAUUAUUAUCAAUUACAUAAUUAGGCGUAACAGUUUAUGUCUAUUGGUUAUUGUUUGUUUUCUUUUUUUUUUUUCGAUGCAAGUCAAGGUUACAAUUAAAUUUACAGUAUUAUUAAAUGUAUGUAGACUAAGUGUGUACUUGUAUGUACGUUAUACACAUCAUUAUUA